CAAGUAUGAGAGUGGUUGGAGGAGGCAGUUGGAAAAGGGAGAGGGAGAGAGAGCAGACUCUGGGGGAGGCUGCUGCCUAUUAAUCGGAUUUAAAGUGUCUGCUAAUAAACUAUAAAGGUUAUCUGACUUAUUAUUAGCACAACAUGUCGGUGAUUGUGGCUCAGCCACAUUAUAUAUUUGGACUCAGGUCAUCAGUUAUCAAUAACAUCUGUUAUUUUGACGAACAAACCAUCAUUUUCCCAGCUGGUAACAACUGUAUAAAGUACAACAUGUAUGAAAAAUGGCAGAAAUUCAUUCCAGGAUCAGAGCAGAGUCAGGCUAUGCAGGCCCUAGCAGUCAGCCCAAACCAUCGUUUCCUUGCCAUGUCUGAGAGAGGCUCAGACAAAACCACAAUCACAGUGUAUGAUUUGGCAUCCACGCCAUUCAAAAAACGUGAAGUGCUUACUGCUCCUGACAUCCAAUGCCAAGAAUUUGUAAGUAUUGCUUUCUCCCCAGAUUCCAAGUACCUUGUGGCACAGUCAGGGUUUCCUGAGUGGCAGAUGGUCUUCUGGAUGUGGGAGAAACACAGAGUGAUGGCAACUGUGAGGAUAGACAGUCACAAAAACUCCAUUUAUAAGGUGAGCUUCAACCCCUAUGAUAGUACACAGAUCUGCGUCACGGCCAACAGAAUAUUCAGAUUGUUCCAUUACAUUGAAGGGAACUUGAAACAAAUAAACAGCCAGAAAGUGGGAGCCCACAACUUCCUGUGCCACACUUGGCUGUCUACAGACAGAGUCAUUUGCGGGACGGACAAUGGAAAACUCUGUCUGUGGGAGUUUGGGCUUGUGCGGUGGGAACAUAACAUCAGUGGAGAAGACAUCCAGCAUAGCCUAGCCGAAAAACAGAGCCUAACCAAGGAUAGCCGCACUCUUUCUACAAUGAACAGCGCUUACCCACCUCCUGUGUGCAUUCAUGCUAUUGUAGCCUAUUCCAAAGGAUUCUUGUGUACAGGUGGCCCCGGCAUAGUCUGCAUUUUUGAGAAAGUAGACGAUGAACAACUUUACAAGAGAGGCCACAAUAUUCAAAUCCCACAAAAUGAGCAUACUGAUGACCCCAGAGUACCCGAGCAGCAGGAGGUUCUCUGUGUGUGCCUUAGUCCCUCAGAGGAGAACAUUGUCAUAAGUACCAAUAAGAGUCAGCUCUACAGCAUUGCAUUGUCCUCAGCUGAGAUCACAAAGUUGAAUGAUGCCCAUUUUGAGUUCCUGACUGAGUCAUGGCAUUCAUCUGCCAUCACGGGCCUGAGCGUCUGUAUCCGCAAACCCCUCAUUGCUACCUGCUCAGUUGACCAUUCGGUGCGCAUCUGGAACUUUGAGAACAGGACUCUGGAGCUGUGUAAGCAUUAUCAAGAGGAAGCAUACAGCAUAUCCCUGCACCCAUCUGGAUUGUAUAUCCUAGUGGGAUUUUCUGACAAGCUGUGUCUGAUGAACCUGCUGGUCGAUGACAUCCGACCAUUCAAAGAAUUCAUUGUCCGUGGCUGCCGGGAGUGUGUGUUUAGCCAUGGAGGGCACCUCUUUGCUGCUGUAAAUGGAAAUGUGAUCCAGAUAUACUCUGCAAUAACCUUUGAGAAUGUAACAAACCUUAAAGGCCACAGUGGAAGGGUGCGCUCUGUGGUGUGGAGCACAGAUGACAGUAAGCUGGUGUCCUGCGGCCUGGAAGGGGCUGUGUAUGAGUGGAACUUACUGACCGGUAAGAGGGAGUCUGAGUGUGUACUCAGACACUGCAGCUACAGCUGUGUGGCGCUGUCUCCCGACUCCAAAACCAUAUUCGCCGUUGGAUCUGACCAGACGUUGAAAGAGAUUAGUGAUUCCCAGAUAUUGCAGGAAGUUCCAGCAUUUGAUGUCACAUACACAGCAGUUGCAAUUUCUCACUCUGGGCGGAUGGUUUUCACAGGGACAUCUAGCGGGACUGUACGUUCCAUGAAAUGCCCGCUGCCUCUACACAGAGGGUACAAUGAGUACCAAGCCCAUGCAGGGCCAGUGACCAGGCUGAUGGUGACAUUUGAUGACCAGUAUCUGCUGUCAACUUCUGAAGAUGGGUGCCUCAUGCUUUGGAAAAUUUCUGACAAAGAGGUCAGAGGACUGAAGUAUAAUAAAGUGGAAUAUGCGGAGGAGGUCCUAACUACCAUUUCUGAUCUGGAGGAAAAGAAACAACUGAUAUUGGAGCUAAAGACAAAUGUGAAAGAACUGAAAAUGGAGAAUGACUAUCAACUUCGAGUAAAAGACAUGAACUACAAUGAAAAAUUGAAGGAACUGACUGAGAAAUUCCUCCAGGAAAUAGAGGUGCUUAAAACCGCAAACCAGAUACUAAAGGCUGAAGCAGAAAAAGAGGAAUUGAAACACCAGGAAGAAAUAUCUCAUCUGACAGAAAAACAAUAUCGAGAAAUGCAGGAUUUGGAGAUGGCUGCUCAUCAGAAACUGCUGCUGGCUUAUGAGAAGCACCAGGAUUUUCAGGUGAAAUCACAGCAGAUGCAUGAGGAUGACCAGAGGCAAAUGCAUGAACUAGAGGAGAGUAAGACCCAGGCCUUGGAGGAACUUACCAAAUACUACGAGGCCAAAAUACAUGAGACAGAGUCUCAGCUGCAGCAUACCCAAGAGGAAGCUCAGCAACAACUAAGAAAGUUUGAAGAGACAAUAAAACAGAUAGAAGAGGAUGGAGAUGGAGAAAUCGAAGACAUAAAGAAAAAAUAUAAGUGGCGCCUCCAGGCGGAGAGAGAAACCUUGCUGAAUCUGAAGGGAGAGAACAGAACCAUGAAGAAAAAGUUCAAUAGUCUGCAGGAAGAAAUUGAGGAACGUGUCACAGACACUGAGAGGAUGAAGGUGGAGCAGCAGAAGUUGAUUGAUAUUAUCAAAUCUCUGCAGAAGGACAUCCUGGGGCUGGAGAGAGAGAUUCAGGGUCGGGAUGAAGCAAUACAGGACAAGGGAAAGAUAAUUAUUGACCUAAAUAAGAAGAAAGAGAAGUUGGAGAACUGCAGGUUUGUUCUGAAUAAUAAAAUCAAGGAGCUGGAAAAGCAAAAUGAGCCUUGGAAAAAUGAGAUCAAUCAAAUGAAGGAGCAGAUCCAGGAGAUGGAAACAGAGUUGCAGCAUUUCCACAAGCAGAACACACAGUUGGAUCUGAUUAACGCAGAACUGAAACAGAAGCUAAAUGCAGAACACCGUGAGAUGCAAAAGGAAAGACAGAAGGUUCGCAAUAUUGAAGCCAUCAUUAAACGUUUCAAGGUUGAUCUGCAUCAUUGUGUUGGACUUAUCCAAGAGCCUAAACAGCUGAAGAACGCCAUCCGGAAGUUGUACACAAAAUACGGGCAGGAUGGUGAUGCAGUAGAAAUGAUAGCUAUAGAUGCUGACAUCCAACAGGAAUAUGCUGGGCAGCGGGAGCAUCUGGAACGCCGUGUCAGCACAUUGCAAGGGAAGCUUUUGAAGGACACAGAGAUUCAUCAUUCAGCUAACCUACGGUUCAUGCAGGAAAAUAUAAUAUUAAUUAAGGAAAUUAAUGAAUAUCGACAUGAACUGAAAGUCAGUCGUUCAAAAGUCUAUAACCUGGAGGUAGAACUUGGAUUAUACAGAAAAAAUAAGAAGAGCUGCCUGACAGAGCCAAAAGGGUCUUCUGUUAGUUCCCAAGGAUGCCCAGAACUGCAGCGGCUGAACAGCGAGGAGGAGGUAGGGAAAAUUCUAGAGCUGCAGAAAUUGGAAAUCAAACGUUUGAGAGACUUAAUUCAAUCACAGGAUCUCACAGUGGGAGUCCGACAGUACUUUGGGGGUAAAUUACUUCCCUUACAGCCUGAUCAUACCAAGCUCAAAAUAAACUAAGUGAAAUUAUACACCUCCUAACAAUAAAACGUAUAUGUCUACAUUUCUGUUAUACAAUGUACGUAUGAUUCUUCUGCUAUCAACAUGAGUACUUUAGUUGCAUAUUAUUUUUAUUGUCGCUUUAUAAUAAAUAUAGAAAAAUGUCACUAAAGAUUUAAUGUUAAUAUUCCAUAAAGAUGUCCUCAAAUAAAAGAACAAAGGUCAAAACUA